AUGCCAAAACGUUCACGUGCAAAAAAACGGGUGGGCCGGGAUGCGAGGGCCAAGACGGAGCAGGUGAAUGGCGCUUCAGAAGCGGUUGCCACGAUCUGCAAGGUGGGUCUUGAAACGUACAUUAGAAAUUGGAUGUCGGAGGCCGAUGGCGCACGUCCCCCUCCACCGUCAUCCCUGCCGUCCCUCACAUCGCUCCCAACCAUUCUUGACGUGAUGAUGGGCAUGUCUUCUCCCUCGACUCCGGAAGAGGGGGCAAUGAAUGCCACGGGACCGGAUGCCAAACAGAAGGAGGGUAGAAUCGGGCGAUCCGCGGAGGGAACAGGUGUCGUGUAUGACGACGUGAUGUUGCAGCACGAGUCAACAGACCCAACGGACUACGAGCGUCCUGGAAGACUGAAGCGCACUUUAGAACAUCUGCGCGCCAUUGGUUUGCUGCAAUGUUGCCGUCGCAUCUCUCGUCAUGUGGCACGUACAAAAGAACUCCGUCUUGUGCAUUCCAUUGCCCAUAUUGAUAGUGUGGACCAACUAGAGGUUGCGGCGCUAUUGCGUCAUCCAGAGACUUCCUAUAGUGUUGGGCAAGAUCUUUAUGCAAACACCAGCACAUCAAAGGCGGCUCGUAUGGCGGUGGGGUGUGUCAUAGCUGCGGCAUUAAGUGUUGUCCGGGGUGAGGUAAUGAAUGCCUUUGCACUUGUACGCCCACCCGGGCAUCACGCAGGUGUUAAUGAGGCAUCGGGGUUUUGUUUUUUCAAUAAUGUGGCGGUCGCUGUCAGGGUGGCACAGCAAGAGUUGCGACAGCAGGGAAUAUCCGCGCCUCGUGCGCUGGUGUUUGACUGGGAUGUUCAUCACUGCGACGGAACGGAGAGUAUAUUUUACGAAGACCCCUCCGUGGUUGUUGUCUCGAUCCACCAGCACGGUACGGGUCGUGGCCAUGUGUUGCGUAAAGCCCCUACUGUAUUUACCGACACCAUCGAUUUGGGCGCACUGGCCGCGCUGAUGGAAGAGACAACCGGGGAGGAGGCUACUAGCAACGGUGGCAAUGGCCACAACGCAUCUGUAGGGAGGGACGAUUGGCAUCAGCAUCAAACAAAGGAGGAGGAGAAAGAGGAGGAGGAGGAGGAGGAGGCGGAGAAUGCUGAGAAGGUGCAGCGGCAGAAUCCGCAAUUAUCACCAGAGGAGGAGGGGGACGGGUGGAAGAGGGCAGCUCGUCGAAAGCCAGUGGAUUACGUCAAACUGGCGGCUGACUUGGAAGAAGACGAUGAAGCCAUUGCUAGAAUGUUUGGUAUCUCACCAGAGGAUUUAAAGAAGUCAUCAUCGUCCUUCUCGAUGAGCAAAAGCAGUGACGGUGGUGGUGGUGGUGGUGGUGGUGGUAGUAGUGGUGGUAGUGGUAGCAGGAGCUCAAUUUCCCACUUUUCCUCCGCCCGUCUUGUGCAGAAGAAUCUUCCGGGAGACACGGAGGGACUUUCUUUUGAUGAAGACAUAGACAACGAUAAAGAUGGCAAAUUUUAUCCGGGGACAGGUCAUGUUGAGCGCGUGGGUGGCGAUACGAGGGCCGAGGCGCGUGGAAAAAACAUAAACAUACCGUGGCCUACCCUUGGCAUGGGCGACCUUGAAUACUUGCAGGUGUUUCUUGACAUUGUGGCGCCUGUUGUGAGGGAAUAUGAGCCGCAUAUCGUAUUUCUUAGCUGCGGCUUUGAUAGUGCUGCGGGUGAUUUACUGGGGUCUAUGUGUGUAUCACCGUCUGGGUAUUAUCUCCUAACAAAAGCAGUUUCUGCGCUCUGUCCACAUCUUGUUGUUGCGCUUGAGGGCGGUUAUAAUCUGUCUAAUGUUGCGCGUUGCUCGGAGGCCGUUAUGCGAGCCCUGCUGGAGAGCAGCGGGACGGCGCCUUUGCCCCGCAGUAGGAUGUUGUGGUGCCAGACAGAAGAGCUUGUGAAGCGGGUACGCCAAACACAUGAGGGCUACUGGCGCUGCUUUUCCCACCCUGAAUGA